ACUUAAAGCGGGCAUGAUUCAAACCAAGCACCAAAAUAGGUCAACAAUUGCAAGAAAGAAAAGAAGUAUUCUCAAGUUUUCAAAGUACGUACAAACAAAUUAAAUUUCCAAGAACUAAAACUUUAACAAUACAUUCAGAUUUGUGGAAAAUGAAGCCACCACAUCUAUGCCCUUGAAAUGACCUCAAAGCGCUCACAGCUGAUAACUAUUACGUGGACGAAUAAAAGUAUGGAAGUCUUUUAAAAAAAUAUAAAUCCCCUAAACAUAUGCUGACUUUGUAUACUUUAAAGUUUAUUCGUGUCCCGCGUAUAAUACCAGUGUUAAAAUUUAUACAUCAGGAAAAAUAGAAAUCCCCUUAUAUCGAAAUGCUAAAUUCAUUGACUUAAAUUACUUUUUGAAAAUGUCAGAACAAAAAACGCAGCUUGUCAUUUUCUUCUGACUUUCAAUCUGUUACCUUCUAAAGAGUAAACUUGACCUCUGUUCUUGUUCAAAUGGAAAAGGAAAACAUGGACUCAAACAAACAAAGUUACUGUCCAUAACAACAAAAUGUCCUAUAGGCACUUGAUUAACUCUCCUAUCCCAAAAUUAAUGUGCUGAUUGACGUAACAUGCUCAAAAUUCCUGAAACAAUGUCAAUAAAGAAAUUUAACUUGCCAGAUUUUUCAUAUGGGGAUGAGAUUGAUUAUUAUGCUGUAUCACCAACAAUAUUGCAGUUAGAUCACCAAGAGAUCGUUGAAACAGACCAUUCAUCUGGCAAUCGUCUAUUGAAUGGUGAUUCAGUAACUGAGACAGCUACUACUAAUUCAAAUCUCGAUUUAGGAUUAAAUAAAGAAGCUGAUUAUCUAUUCUCAUUUGAAUUAGAUACUAAUACACUUCCGUUAGAAUUAUUGAAUAAAGAUUUAGAUACUCCAGAUUUUAAUUGGACAGAUUUAUUACCCGACUCCAAUGAAUUAGUAUCUCUGGACGAUAUUAAUCCUGGUAAUUUUUCAAAAUCUAAACAAAUUAAAAAUGAGAAAGUGAAGUUUACCAAUUGUCAAAGAAAAUCUUUGAUGAAUCAUUUUAAUCCAAUACCAAAGUUUUCAUAUCAAGAGAAAACUAUUCAACAACAAGAACUUUUAUAUUCAUCAUCAUCAGCUCAUAGUUCUUCAAGUUCUGUCAUUAACCAUUAUCAUUGUCACCAAUUGUUGAAUUCAACGGAAAUUAAUAAUGAGUGUGAUAUGAAUGAUUCUUAUAAAACUAAUAAAAUAAUUUGUCUAAAUAAUGAAGAUUUACUAAAUGGUAAACCUGGAGAAUGCGUUAAAUUAACUUCAGAAGAAUAUAAAAUGCUCCAAAGAAUCGGUUGUCAACUACCUAUCAAAUUUCCAUUAAGUCAAACUAAUGAAAAAGCAAUACGUACUGUCAGACGAAAAAUUCGUAAUAAACUCUCUGCUCAAGCUAGUCGUGCCAAACGUCAAAGGUAUGUAAUUGACUUGGAACGUCGGUAUUCUAUGUGUACUGAAGAAAUCAAACAAUUACGUCGACAAGUAUAUGAAUUGGAGGAAGAUAAACGGAGUCUUACAAUACAUCUACGCAAAUUACGGUCUUAUAUCAAUAAAUUCAUGAAUAAACGAAGUGAACAGUCCUAUUUACCACUAUUCGUGAACUCCAACAAUACUGAAUUUAAUAAUAAUAAUAAUAAUAAUAAUAAUAAUAAUAAUAAUAAUAAUAAUAAUAAUAAGGUGACUGCUAAACAAGCCGCUAAAGCGGCAGCCGGUGGGACUAGUCUCUUGUUAAUGACGUUUAUGAUAUUGAUGUGGACUGCUGUAGUUCCAAUACCGUCGGUCAUAAAAACGUUAGAUACUGCAUCAUCGAUGUCUACAAGAAAUUUCUUCAGUUCAUUUCCAGGUCGGUCUCGAAUGUUGAUGAGUAUUAACAACCCUCCAGAAUUGUAUUCUUCCUCCUCCUCGUCUUCUCAAGACCUAAUACUUAAUGAAUCAAAAACAACUUUAUCCAAUCCGGAUAUUACACCUGAGAAUACAAUUCAAUAUAUUGUUCCGAUUAGUAAGUUUAUUACAUCAGUGAUUACUGAACAAUAAUGAAUAAUCUAUCAGAAAUUAAUUUACAUUUAUAACUAAUAUUUUUACACCACAAUUAUCCAUAUACAGUGCCCAAACCAAACACAGAAUCAAUAUUCUCUAAACAGUAAAUUUGACGUUAAUAAUAAAUAAUUCCAAAGAGAGAGAUAUAUAUAAAAAAAGAGGGAAACAGUUGAAUAGAAUGAAGCAAUCAAUGAUACUUUCAAAAAAAAGAAUAAAGAAAUAAAAAGAUAAAGAGAAGAUUGUCUUAUCUCUUCUUUCCCAUUAAUUUCAUUCUUAUUUAAUAUUGUCAUAGUGUAGUGAAGGAGAACACAGGUGAGGACAACCAAAUUGUAUUUAGCACAAAAUUACAGAGUUACUUUGUAAAAUAGAAAACCAUUAUAGUAAGUCGUUAAUUUGCAAAAUAUCAUUCCAUCAUAUCAAACCGGGCUGUUGCUGUUGCAAACAUCAAUCCAUUGUCUCAAAUUUGAUUGUUCAUGCGAUUUAUUACAAAUUUCAUUGUGUUCUCGCUCUUCCUUUCUUAAUCUUCCCCAUCUUCUGCUGCCAGACAUUAUGUUAUUUUAACUAACGUUAUAUACUACUUAUAUCAAUAUAAGUAGCACGCACCACAAUAUAGCCCAUUACCAUUUACAUCAUGUAUGUUUAAACAAUAACAAUAAUUAAUAAUAUUUUGAUUUAUAUACAAACAUGAAAAAAGUUUUUUUCUUUUUUCUUGAAAAUAAAAAUACUUCAAUUCAUUAAUUCUAUGUUGUUGUUCUGUUUUUUUCUUCUUCUUUUGUUGUUGUUUCUCUUUUACUGUCAUUAAAAACCAGUCAGUAAAACAGGACAAUAUUGAUAGUGAUUACCUUGAAUAUUAUCUAAACGAUGUAAUUCAUAUUUUGAAAAUAAUUACAAAGUGCUUACUGAUUUACAAGCAUAAUCAAGGUUGAUAAUAAUAAUAAUAAUAAUAAUA